AUGGCUAGUGAGAAGAGUUUUGUAGUGUUGGUGCAUUGUAGAGGGUCCAUUAAGAGAAAAACACGCUCUGGUGUGAAGUUCACUAAUAAAGAUCCUCUGAUUCUGCUAGAUGACGUGAAGUACGAUUCUUUCAUCAUAGGGAAUGACGAGGAUUUGCAGGUCCUGUUCCAUUGCACGGUAGCUGGUUCUAACUCGAGACCUGUUGGUGCAUCUUCGUCUGUGCCUGUGAAUGCACCUCGGGACAAGCCUGUCGCCUCCCCGUCGUUCGCCGUUGAUCUCAACUGCAAUGGUGGCGGAAAGGUUAGUAUCGUGGAUAGGGUGCCGAUUUCUUUACAGUGUGAGGCACCGGCUGGUAUGGGUGAUGCAUUGCUGGAUAAUGAUGACGACGAUGAUGUGGAGACGGACCUCAUUGCUGAUGAAAGUGGCGAUGACAUUACAGCGAGUAAUCCAACUGGGGCUGGCGGUGGUUCUAGCUCUGGGACUCAGCAGUACCCUCUGCACUUUUCAUCUUUGGACUUGGAUGCCAUGAGACAGGAGGGGGUUCCUGGGGAACCCACUGGAUUUGGUGCUAGAGAUACCCAAGGUACUGGAGGUCUUACAGAGUUUCAGAUUGGUCAGCAGUUUCCGGAUAAGGAGGAGGCUGUGUUAAGCGUGAAGACGUAUAGCAUCCGACGCGGGGUACAGUACAAAGUGGUGGAGUCUGAUUAUCACAGGUACGUUGGGAAGUGUACCGAAUUUGGGAACGGGUGCACAUGGUUGAUUAGGCUAAGUCUCCGGCAGUGCAAGGGUAUUUGGGAGGUAAAACAGUACAACGGACCUCAUACUUGUCUCGCGACGUCGAUCUCGAGCGAUCACAGGAGUCUUGAUUAUCAUGUGAUCUCGGCCUUCAUCAUGCCAAUGGUAUAG